GUCAUAUCCGUGUGCGAUAUUAGUGAACUUGUGCACGGAUUAAGUUUUAGUCACCUAAUCUCCUCUGUGAUUUAAGUAUUAUUAUUCAUAGUAUUACAAAAUAUAGCUGCUAAAUAGCAGCUCCACGGUUGCUAACAGGAACAGGAGUCGGUAUCGUCAGCAGGCUGCUGAGGAACAGGCCCACAACAAGCAGUCAGGAUGGACUCCUGGGUUCGCUUUAACGGCCAGAGCCAAGCCAAAGAGAGGGUCAUCAGGGCAGCUCAGUAUGCCUGCACUCUGCUGGGCUACACUCUGCAGAAGGGCGGGGCAUCGUCUGAACUUCGCAAAACUGUCAGUCAGCUGGAGGCACACAUGAGCCUGACAAGAAAGUUGCUGCGACUGGGAAACUCUGUGGAGGCGUUGGAGGCUGCCAAGAGGGCCAUCCACCUUUCUGACAGCGUGCUGAGGCUCUGCCUGACCAUCAGUCACCUCAACAGAGCCAUGUACUUUGCAUGUGACAACGUCCUGUGGGCUGGGAAAACUGGCCUCAUUUCCAAACUGGACCAACACAAAUGGAGUCAGAGAUCUUUCAGGUACUACCUCUUUGCUCUGAUCCUCAACCUGAGUCGAGACGUGUAUGAGCUCCGCCUCCUCGUUGAGUGUGAAUCACGUUACAGAGCCUCCAAGUCCCCGUCCUCCCCCAACCUGCCCGACGACCACUCUUCUUCCCCUUCCACACCUGCACAGUUGGCAUGGCUUCGCAGACAGCUCCACCUGCUGGUGACGGUGCUGUACAGUAACCCGCCUCUGCUGCUGGACCUGCUGAAGAACAGUUGUGAUAUCUUUAUCCCACUAGACCGUCUGGGGAUUUACCCUACAGGGCAAGGCUUUGUCGGGGCCUGUGGCCUGGCCUCUUCUGUGCUCUCCAUCCUCACCAUGGUCCACCCCUGGCUCAAGCUCAAGCCAUGAACCCAGAUACACAGUGGAGGGCUCCAUCUGAGGAGGCUCAAGGAGGACGGAGAUGAGAAUGUAACAGGGCUAACACUGAUCUUUAUGUAAAAGACAGCAGCUGCUGUGUGCUGUGAUCACGCUUUGGGAUACUGCUUACUGAUUACUGAGCUGCAUGUUUGAACUGAUAGGACUUCAUGCUUCAGAUGGGAGAAAAGGUUGCAAGCCAUCAGUGUAGUGCUGCACACAGCCCACAAUCACAUAAAGCAAACCCCAUUAAUCCCUGUCCUGCAACAUCAAAUCUCAAUACAUAAGUCUUUACAGGUACAGGAAGAAUGUUGAAAACAUAAACUCACCUGGUGGUAGGCAGUCUUCUAAGUGGCAAACAAGGUGGAAAAUGAACACAAAUAAAACUUAAUUUCUGUCAGAUUUGGGUCCCCUCCAGUAAAGACUGUAAGCUGAGUGCUGCUGCAGAAGCAUUUUGCGUCAGUUGUACCAAAUAGACGCCAAAUUUUCUAUAUGCCAACUAAUAAGUUUGGUCUUACCUCAACCCACUCAUUCCCACAGUGGCUUUAUGCUCGGCCAGACUGGUUCUCUUUCUAGUCUCCUACCAUGCUCUAAGCUCAGUAUGGGCUCCAGUAUAUUUGGUUUCAUAAGUAGAUGCAGACAGGAACUAAAGCUGUGGGAUGAGGGUUAAAACCGGUAGUGGCUAUGACCAGCUAGGGCUGGGCAAUAUGAACCAAAAGUCAUAUCCCGAUAUAUUUAGGCUGAAUAUCGAUAUACGAUAUAUAUCGCAAUAUUUUUUAUCACAAAGUGAGAGCAAAUGUUCAGUCAAAGUCAAAUAUGAAAUGUCAGAAGUAGUUUUAUUGAAACCCUUUAUUUAAGUAAAAUGUAAAUACUGUAUAACAACAGGAGUACCUUUUUAAAAUAAAAAAAAUCAAAGCUCUAUAAAGAGCACAUUUAAAUAAAAACAUCUUAAAUAAAAAUAGCCUAUGAAAUAAAAUAGGCCAAUCUUUUUCCGAAAAAAAUAUAUUUAUAUGAGAAAAGAAUAACUAACAUUACAAAAGAACUAAAUAUGACAAACCCUAGUAAGGGCGGUAUUUAUAUAUAAAGAAAGAGAAAAAGUUGAACUAUAUCGAUAUAUGCAAUAUGGUCUAAUUCUAUAUCACAUUUAAAAAUAUAUCAAUAUAUCUUUUAUAUGGACAUAUCGCCCAGCCCUAUGACCAGCAUGCCACUCACAUGGCUCGUAUGAUAUUUGAUGUUUGACAACCAAUCACAAUGACAGCCAUUAUAUUUGACUUUAAUAGAAGACAGCUUUCUGAGUGUGAGUAAAGCAUGCUUUUUGUUCAUUUGUACAUUUGUUUGCCUGACAUUGUUGUGCACACCCAGUGAGUUUAUUUUUUUCUACACUCUGCCUGUAUUCUGUAUUUUGGACCCCCUUAGUGGCUGAACUGUCACAGUCCUGCGGAAUUGAAACUUUCCAUGAAUCUUGUGAGGAGGAAGACAUUGCUGCACUGAUCUUUAAGUGUUAGAAGGUUGUGACACCAUGAAGCUGUGACAAAGUGUUGAAUUCAUGAAGGUUUAUACCUGAGGUGUACUCCAGAAAGCAGGGUUUGUGAAAACCCUGAGUAUAUAAACCGUGAUAAGAAGGAAACUCGGGUUUCCAUUCCAGAUAGACAAACUCUGGAACCUAACCUGCUUGCUAACAGGUUUUCUUCCACAAACCCUGGGCUUCUCUCCUCUGUCCCCUCCCUCUUUUAGAGACAUUUCCUCAUUGAUUGAAACACAUUAAUUAGCAGAGGUUACUGUAUGUUUGGAUAUUAGUUUGUUACUCAGGGACUGUUAACCCUAGAAAGCCUGAACCAUGAAAUAAUUGCUAGAAAAUUAUUAUUUUUUUCAACUCGAGUGUUUAUUAAACCUGCUGACAAAUAAUAAUAAAAAAAAAACAUUUAAAUAUCAA